UAAAUUUGGUCAUGUUCUUCAACCUCAAGAACAACAUUAAUCUCAACUAUGUAUCCUGUGAAAAUGGAUAACGCGCACGAGUUGCCUGUUUAUGUGGAUCAAGACCACCCUAUAAGGAGACACCACUCGGCUCGAUACUAUGCUCACCAUAUUAAAGAGAGUCUAACUACUAGAGUUUCCAAAGUAGUUUGUACAAUUUUCUUAACACUUCUUUCUAUUCUUGGAAUCAUCGCGUUUAUUUUAUGGUUAGGUUUGCGCCCUCAUCGUCCAAGAAUUUUCCUACAUGACUUUUCAAUUCCAGCUAUAAGUCAGGGAAUUGGACCUGAAAGUGCCCAAAUCAACUUUAACGUAACAGCACGAAAUUCAAAUCAAGUUAUUGGGAUUUUUUAUGAUGCAAUACAGAUGGCAGCGACUUAUCAAGAACAGAGUAUUGGGAAUUCACAAUUGUUGACUCCAUUUUAUCAACUGCCCAAAAACACUACUGUUCUUGCGGGUACAUUUUCUGGCCCCAUGGUGACGGUGACCGGAACACAGUGGCAGCAAAUGCUCGAUGACCGGUCUCGAGGAACGGUGGUUUUCCGGGUAGAAUUGACAGCCAGGAUUCGAUUUAAGAUAUGGUCGUGGAAAAGUAAACAUCAUAGGAUGCAUGCUAAUUGUCCUGUUGGAGUAGGACAAGAUGGUAUGAUCUUGGUUGGUUACAUAGAUAAGAGAUGUCCGGAAUAUUUUAAUUAGACAUUUCGAUUCAUGUUUUCGUCUCAUUGAAUUUUCGUUUUUUUUUUGUAUUUGAUUGUGAAAAGCAAUACAUGCUUUCCCUGCCAAAAUUACUCUAAAAGGCAAGG